CUGAGUUCAUGUGUCAGCUGCUCUGAAGCGGUGCGUUGGUUUGGAGAGGCGCGUCUGUGAGUGACAGGUGGCAGGAGGCGGUGAUGCCCGCGAGGCCGGCGAAUCAGCACGCAGGGAGCGACCACAACCACACUGCAGGACUGAUCGGGGCCAAAUCACGAAAACAUAAACUUGGCAGAGUAUUGUUAAAAUAAUAGUAAUAAUAAUAAUAAUAAAAAAAUAAUCAAGUAGAGCGACACUGAAGUAACUUGUUUUAUCAAAUCCUGGACAAGCAGAGAGGUGCCCAAGCGUGCAGCAAUUGCAGAUCUUAAGGGAAGGAGGAGCGCAACGGGAAGAUGUCAACACUUCAAACAACUGAGCUGCUAAUUGACCCCAAGGACCUUCAAAUAAGGACUGUUACUGUGGAAAAACUGCUGGAGCCUCUGAUAACUCAGGUGACUACUCUUAUCAAUUGCCCUAGAAAUCCAUCAAACAAGAAAAAGGGAUGCUCAAAACGAGCUCGAGUCCUCUUAAGGUCAGUCGAAGAUGCCACACUGCAUUUGGUCGAAAAGGGAGAAAAGAUUGCAAAGGACAGUAACCUGCUAAAGAAUGAGCUUAUGGAAGCAGUUGACGAAGUGUGGAAAGAGAGUUGCUCCCUUUCAAAGACAGCCAGUGUGUUCACAGAUAAUCCCUGCCACCUGCCAACCCGAGAAGAUGUGGUGCAGGCCGCCCGGGCGCUCCUGGCAGCAGUGACGAGGCUUCUCAUUCUUGCAGAUGUCGUUGAUGUCAUUGUUCUGCUGCAGCAUUUGAAAAAGGUGCAAAGAACCUUUGAAGUGAUGAGAGUCGCAUCGAGCCACCCAGAGCUGAGAAAGACAUACCAGAAAUUCAGAAGCGAGUUAGAGCUGCUAGACAAGCUUGCUCAACGUCGUCAACUGGAUCUAAAGUCCCCCGAACAGCGUGAUGAGAUGGCAGGUGCCCGGUCAUUACUGAAACAGAGCUCAGUACUUCUAUAUUCCAACUUGUGUGCCUGCCUAGAGCACCCUGACAUUGCUUCUCUCCAAGCCGGCAAGGACUCGAUCUGUGGUGAAUUGCAGAGCGCCCUCUCGACCAUUUCAAGCACUGCCCAGUGCAUUGACCACGUUAAUCGGGCAUCAAGGGACCCUGGUGCCACAUUAGGAGGAGCACUGGAUGAGCUUGAGAGUGCAAUCAUUAUAGAUCCAUGGAGUGUUAAGGAAGAAACUAUUAGACCUGCUCUAGAACAACGCUUGGAAGCCAUCAUCAGUGGAGCAGCUUUGCUUGCCGACUCAUCCUGCACGCGGGAUCAUCACCGUGAACGAAUUAUCACAGAGUGUAAUACGGUGCGACAAGCUCUCCAGGAGCUGCUCUCCGAAUACGUCAGCAAUUUUGCUGUCGAACUUCCUAUAUUAGAUUAG